UUAAUUAAGUUGGAACUAUUAUUAUGAUAUUAUGAAGUUGAUUUCAUAACUCUCUUUCUAAAAAUUGUGAACUUAAUAAAUUAAAAAUAAAUAUAAUGGCAGUUAUAAAAAGUGAAAUAAUGUUAGAUCAUGUAACUUUUAUGGACAAGUAUCGCUCAGAUAUUACAAUGUUAACUGAUUCUAAUGUUGAAGAUGAACUCAAAUUGAAAAUUGUUCAAACUUUAAAUGAAAACUUUGAGAUGAUUGUGAAUUCACCUCAAUAUCCAAUGUUUUUAGAACAUAUGAUCAAACAUUUUAUUCGAAUUUUAGUAGAUGGUGAGCCAUAUUUCAUAGCUGAGUAUCAUAUUUUUCAAGUACGGAAAUUGGUACUAGAAAUGAUAUAUAGACUACCCUGUAAUGAAUUUCUAAAACCUUAUGUUGACCGGCUUGUAACACUAUGUAUGAAACUAAUUGAAACUGACAAUGAACAAAAUGGAAUUUCAUGCAUACGUAUUAUUGUUGAGUUACAAAAAAAUUUUAGACCUCCCUAUAAUGCUGAAAUUAGUAAAUUUCUGCAACAUACUAAGAAAAUUUAUUGGGAUAUACCUGACAAUAUGGACAAAAUAUUUAGUAUGAGGACUCAACAAAAACUACGAAUAAAUGACUUGUCAACUGUUGACAUAAGUGAAAUUUUAGAUAAUACAUAUUCAACUAUUGUCAUCAACUGCGAAACUUCUGAAAAUAAUGUUGAAACGUAUAAUGUAGUUCCACGAAGCAUUUCAUCAUUAAAAAUAUUGCAAGAAUUACCAAUAGCAAUAGUACUUAUUUAUCAACUUUAUAAAGAUAAUGUUAAAAGAGAACUUAGUGAAUAUAUUCCAACCAUUAUACGGAUUAUACCUUUGCAGCCAUCAAUCCAUUAUAAAUCACAUCCAAACUAUAACAAAGAAAUUUUGGUUGAAUUGAUAUCGGCUCAAAUAAAAGUUUUGUCUUAUCUAGCAUUUGUUAUUAAGCCAUUUACAGAUAUAGUAAUUGUACAUUCUACACAAUUAGUUGAGGGAAUGAUUGGAAUGUUAGAAUCUUGUCCUAUGGAAGUUACUCAUCUUAGAAAAGAACUUUUAAUUGCAUCAAGGCAUAUUCUUAAUACAGAACUACGAAUAAAAUUUAUUCCAUAUAUGGACAAACUACUUGAUGAAAAUACACUUCUUGGCAGGGGAUGGACUACUACUGAAAAUUUAAAACCAUUAGCAUAUAGUACAAUAGCUGAUCUUAUUCAUCAUGUCCGUGUUCAUCUAACACUUCCGACAAUUGUCAAGGCGAUUAAUUUAUUUGCAAUUAAUGUUCAUGAUCAUAGUUUAACUCCUAGUAUUCAAUUAAUGUGCUGUAAAAUGCUAAUGAAUUUAGUAGACUGUAUAAGACAGAGAAAUGGAGAAGAUGUUCCAAAUUUAAAAUGUACUCAAGGAGAAACUGUUAGUUUUGAUCUGUUAAUACGUAUUCUUCAGGUUUAUGUAUUGAAACUUAAAGUGGUUUCUAAAUUAUAUAUACCAGCUAUAAAUUCCAAAAAUGCUAAUAAGACAAUGCUAUCUGACUCGUUGCAAAUUCUUGACAUCAAUGAAAGUGAAAAUAUCGAUGAUAACGUGAAAAAAGAACACAAGGAGUUAACAGAAAGUCCGGCUAAAAAAAAAUUACAAGAAAAGACUAAAUAUAUAUUUCCUUCAUCACCAACAGCUUUAUUUUCUUUACCAGAAUGCAGGACAUUGGUCAAAGUGAUUAUUUGUGGUAUAAAAACUGCUGCUUGGGGAAUAGCGACAAUUAAGACUAAUAAAGAUGAUGAUUCUGGAAAUACGCCAAAAUUACCAGUAAAACCACAACUUGUCAAAGUUUAUUUAGGUCUAGUUAAAUGGUCUUUACAAGCAAUGGAUGUACAUAUGGUAAAUCCAUUAAAUAAUCAAAAUACAAAUGCAAAUGUUUUAAGACCACGAUCAAAAGAAGAAAAGGAAGCAAUGGAUCAUUUGAGUGGGAUUUUUUCUCUUUUACCUCCUACUACAUUCAAAGAAAUAUUUUCUACUACUAUUGCAUAUUUCGUUGAACGAGUAGAAAAAAAUCAUGCUCUAAUGUAUAUUAGUGAAUCACUUUUGAAUAAUAGCCUCAAUACAUCAGAUACAUCUUCAAUUUUUGCAACAUUGUUAUUAGAACAUUUAAUUAGUAAAAUGGAAGACAUGGGUAGCGGAAAUGUUGAACGAAGUAAUUUGUAUUUGAAACUUUUUAAACAAGUUUUUGAUACCGUUAAUCAAUAUUCAAUUGAAAGUGAACAAACACUUCAACCAUACCUUAAUCAAAUUGUAAAUAGCUCAAUGAAACUAGCUUUAACUGCCAAGGAUCCAUAUUAUUAUUUUUUACUUUUACGUCCAUUGUUUCGUUGCAUUGGAGGAGGAGCACAUGGAGUUCUUUAUCAAGAGUUUUUACCUCUUUUACCAAAUUUAUUAAAAAGCUUAAAUAGUCUUCAAUCUGGUUUACAUAAACAAGAUAUGAAAGAUUUAUUUGUGGAAUUAUGUCUUACUGUACCUGUUCGUUUAAGUUCACUUUUGCCCCAUUUGCCUCUUCUUAUGGAUCCAUUAGUUUCAGCCUUAAAUGGUUCUCCAUCAUUAAUUAUUCAGGGUCUUAGAACAUUAGAAUUAUGUGUUGAUAAUCUACAAACUGAUUUUCUUUAUGAACAUAUUCAACCAGUAAGGGCAGACUUAAUGCAAGCUUUGUGGCGAUCAUUACACAACACAAAUGACAAUGUUUAUCCUGUUGCAUUUAGAGUUCUAGGUAAAUUUGGUGGUGGUAAUCGUAAGAUGAUGACUGAACCUCAACGGCUUGAUUAUUCAAUGCAUAGGCAAUCCAAAAAACCUGCUAUUAUCAUUAAAUUUAUUGAACAUACCGAACCAGUUACAUUUAAUGUUGAUAUGGCAAUUGAAACCGCUGCAGAAUCACUAAAGUCGUCAACUGAUCCUUAUUAUCGUAAAAAAUGUUGGGAAGUAAUUAAAUCAUUUCUAGCAGCAUCUGUUUUAUCAGAUGAUGAUAAAUCAGUAUUGAUGAAAUUUUUUUCUCAUCCUAGUUUCAAAGAAGGUAAAAUAUCUAACUUUCAAUCAACUGUUUACAAAUAUCCUGAUCCAGUUGUAAGAAACACCUACGUUAUGGCCUUGAAUGGCAUUUUUGUUAGUGCCGCUGUUAAAGAACUUAGAGACACAGCUCUUGGAACACUGCUAGAUGUUGUCAUGCGUUAUACUAUGGUAGCUGUUUCUCAACAAGCUGGACCAUUAGUAAAUAGUGAAAAAAAUGAAAAGUGUUCCUUUGGUAUGGAUCCACUUGUAUUGAUUGAUUCAAUGGCAACUGUUAUGAGCUAUCAAGAAAAAGAACUCUUAAAACCUGCAAGACUGGCACUAACUAUUAUUUUGAAUACAGCAACAAUUAUUAUGGGAUCCAAAGAAAGAGCCUGCCAAUUACCAUAUAUGGAAUACAUGGUUGAUAAGUUAUGUGCUUUAUGCUAUGAUCGUGCUUGGUAUACUAAAUUUGGAGGAUGUUAUGCCAUACAAUUUUUUUAUAGUAGUAUGUCUUCUCAAUGGGUUUUUGAACAUUUAUAUUUAUUUGUAAAGGCUCAGCUUUUUGUCAUCAUGGAUUUAUCUGGAGAUGUUUCAAAUGGUGUUUUAGAUGAAGCAAAAAAAAAUUUAGAAAAUAUGUUGAGAAAAGCUUCAUCCCCAUUAGAUCAAAACUCAGGUUCUCAGCUUCAAGCUUUACAGAAAAAAGCUAUACACGAAGUAACAUAUGAACUCAUUCGUCAAGUUACAAGCCCUAAUGAUUUGCUUAGAAAUCAUUCCACACAUUUAUUGGGUGUGAUAGCAUCAGCGCAAGGCAUUACGGUAACUCAAGUAAUGGAACCUCAUAAAGAAGGUUUGUCAGAAAUUAUACCUUUGAGAAAGCAUUUGUUACGUCAUCAGGGAUUUAAAGCUCAAAUUGGAAUGAUGGAAGGAAACACAUUUUGUACUUCUUUGUUGCCUCGAUUAUUUACAAUUGAUUUAAAUAUAAAAGAACACAACUUAUUUUAUCAUGAAGUAUCAAAUUUAUGUGAAGCCAGUGAUUCAGCCAUGUCCAAAUUACCUGGAUACAAAACAAUGAACCCAGGACAAAUGUUAUUAUUACGUCAAGCUGGGAUGAGAGCUCUUGCUGCAUGUUAUUAUAUUCCUCAACCAGAAGUAAAAAGUAGAAUAUUUCAUGCUUUAUAUGGUGCUUUAGACAAAAAUAAUCCAGAUCUACAAGAAACAGCAUUUCAAUGUUUGAGGAAAUUUGUUUCAACUUCACAAAUUGAUAUGCCAAUGGUACAUGAACUAAUGAAAAAACAAUUAGGUGAUUUAGGGGACUAUAGAAACUUAACAUUAAGUGGUACAAGACGUUUAUGGUACUUGGUUCAACUAUUUCCUACUAGUUUUAGUGAUAUGUUUUGCACCCAUUUGAUGGAAAUAAUGAAAAAAAUGUUUGAAGUUUUAAUUCAAAUGAAAAAAGGUAUUUCUAAGACUGGAAACUAUGAAUCAAUAAUGGUUAUUAUUAUCGAAAUGUACAGACAAUUACCUGUUGCCAAUUAUAGGCACAUAGAGUCACUUUGUAGGCUAGUCUUGGAUAGUGAAAAAAACCUUCAAGUAAGCAUAUUGUCUCCAUUUCACACACCACUUUUGGGAUGCUUACUUAAAUAUCCAACUCAAAUUGUACAACUGUUUCUUCAAGAUAAUCAUAUAAAGGAACCUAAUUGGAUUAAAUAUUUACAUAUGAUGAUAACCAAUGACAAAUGCCAAACAAUUCGAGAAGCUCUUCAGGGCAGUGGACGAAGACUUAAUGAAUUAAUUACAUCUUCUCAUUCAGAUCCUACUAAAAUCAUUGAAUAUGAAACUGUAAAAAUUAUCCAUGCUAUUGUAAGAUUAGAUAAAAAAUGGAUUUCUAACCAAACAGAUCUAAUUAUAUCAUUAUCUGAACUUUGGGCAUCUGAUAAUUAUCAGGAACAUUUCUUGAACCCUGGGUAUCUUGAAUUUUCUCACUGGAAUGAACCAAAAAUGUUGGCAAAAGUGUUACUUCAGUAUUUUAUUCAUAAUCCCAAUCAAGUAGAUUUACUAUUUCAUUUAAUAAAGGCAUUCUGUUUUAGAUUCAUAUCUGAUUUUCAGUUUUUGCGUGUCUAUUUAGAAGAUAUAGUUGCAAAAACAUUUUCUCCUCGGUGGAAACGUUUAGCAUUCUUUCGUUUUGUAGAAAUAUUUCAAGAUAAUAAUAUGAGUAAUCAUUUUAAAUCCAAAAUCUUGCAGUAUAUUAUUCUACCAUCUGUUUCGGCUAGUUAUGAAAAGAAUGAACAACAAAUUUUAAUUUAUGGUACAUCUGAUCCAUCAGAUUCAGCUGGAAAUAUAGUUACAUCAUAUAUAUAUCAGUUAAUUGUUCAUGAAGUUCCACAAGAAAUUGGUGAAGAUAGUAUACGUAUACAUCUAUUGCAACUUGGAUGUAUGUUAGUCAAUGAUUUCCCUGUUAAUAAAGAUAGUACAUUUAGUCCAGAUGGACUAUGUGAAAAUUUAAAACGAGUAAUGAGUUAUGCUUGGCCAUGUUUAUUAGAAAAGACUUGUGUUGAUCCAACAGCUCGAUACAGUGGUCAUUUGUUAUUGUCAUACAUAGUUGCUUCAUAUCAUGUUAACAGUCGAAUCAUUUUACAAGUAUUUCAUGAACUACUUAAAGCAUAUCAUGUUGAAGUAAGAAAUGUUGUUCGACAAGCUUUAGAUUUAAUAACACCAGCAUUAUCUAUUCGUAUGAACAAUGGAAAUAAAUUAUUAUGUCAAUGUACUAAAAAAAUUAUUGUUGAAGAAGCACAUUUAAUGCAACAAUUAUUUCAUGUAUUGCACUUGGUGGUCAGACAUUACAAUGUAUAUUACCCAAUUAGACAUAGACUAAUUCAGCAUAUGUUAAAUGCAAUGCAAAGAUUAGGUUUUAUGUCUUCAGCUACAUUUGAACAUAAAAAAUUAGCUGUAGAAAUGGCUGAAGUUAUUAUAAAAUGGGAAUUACAACGAAUUAGAGAUGAAAACGCAACAGAGAAUUUCACUGAAGAAAUUGUAAAAAAAAUUAAACUUGAACCAUCAGUUCCUAUACAAUCAGAUGAUAUAGACAAAGAUAAACCUAUUAAUAAAAACGAUUUUGGUGUUGUUUUCAAUUUUCUAGCCAAAAUUGCUUGCCAGGUAAAUGAUGGCAUUGCUGGAGGUAUGGCAGAACUCUUAUCAAAGCGUUGUGUUGCAUUAUUAAGAACUGCUUUAAAAUCAGAAGCUAUAAUGUCAAGAUGCAUUGAUAUGUUAAAAUUAGCUUGGAUGGAAAAAGUAUUUUGUACUGUAUCAAAUUUAGAACCCGCUGGUAAUAAUCCUGCCACUGCUAUUGCUGUUGCAAAUAUUGCAUCAGCAUUUGAUCUUUUAGCAUUUUUUUUAACUACUUUACCAAAAGAUCAACUUUUAAAUACUAUUAAACCACUUCAAAAAUCUUUGUAUGAAUGUAUAAGUACUACAAAUAUGAAGAUUGGAAGGAUGGCUCAUACAUUUCUUACACGUUUAAUUUUUACUUUUCCUAUGAUUAAACCAUACCUCAAUGAACUCGAAGAAUUAUAUAUUUUAAUAAAUGUGUUAAUUGAUGAAAGUUUAAAUAAUUUUGAAAAAAAUAUAUCACAAAAUUAUAAUCGUUUUUUGACAUGUGUCAUUAUGUUAAAAGCAGCCAGUGCCAAUAAUGCAGCUUUUAUCGAUAAUUUGUCUUCUCGUUUUGUUCAUGUAUUGCAAAAAGUAUGUCGUGAACAGCCACAAUCUACAAAUACAGAAUCUUCAAUGGGAAUAAGUGAACUAGUUAUUCAAAGUCUAGAUUUAAUGAAAAAUAGAGUUGGCAAUAUGCAUAUUGAAACUCGAAAGACAUUCAUUGGAACCAUCCUUGUUGGAUUGAUUGAAAAAACUAAUGAUGCAAGAAUUAUGAAAACAAUUUUAAAAAUGUUAGAAGAAUGGAUGCGUACUACUUCAAAUGAUGGACCUAAUUUACGUGAAAAAUCAAUACUGCUAGUAAAAAUCAUGCAGCAUAUUGAAAAAAAGUUUCCCGAUCUAAAUGCUCAAUAUUUAGAUACUAUUAUACAUAUUUAUAGGGAUGAAGAGCUACGUAAUUCAGAACUUGGGCAUAAAUUAGAAGCAGCAUUCUUAAGUGGAUUGCGAUGUUCGCAACCAGCUGUUCGUGAAAAAUUUUUCACUUUAUUUAACCAACAAAUUAAUACUAGAUUACCAGAACGUUUAUUGUACAUAGUGAGUUCCCAAAACUGGGAGCCAAUGAUGACACAUUACUGGAUAAAACAAUGCAUAGAAUUAAUAUUAGCGACAGUUGACCCAAAUUUACCAGUAACUCUAAAAGAUUCAAGUUCCUCCACAUCAUCAAAAUUACCAACAAUUAGAGAAUUAGUUAAUAAUUGUGAUUCUUCAUUCAAGGAAGAAAUCCUGAAUAUUAAUGAAGAUAUUACAGUUAAAUCAGAAUAUGCAAUGGAUACUGAUCAAAUGGUAACUGAUAAUAUUGAAGUUGUUGAGGGUGGUAAAUUGGAACCAUUAAUUACCAGACACAUCAAAUUUAUGGAUAAUCUUAAAACAAUGAAACUUGGAAACAUUUGUUCAGCCAUUGCUCAACUUUGUCAUAUGGAUUCAAAUUUAGCUGAAAAAAUAUGGCUUGUUUUGUUUCCUGCUAUAUGGGAAUCAUUAAAUUCAACACAAAAGACUAUAUUGUUGCCUGAAAUAAACCAAUUUAUUGUAAGUGGUAUACAUGUUGUUCAGAGAGAUGUUCAUCCGAGUGUUAUUUCAACAUUCUUUGAAGCAUUAUUUCAAUGUCAACCAAGAAUCCAUUUUAAGCCAAGUGUCAUGUUGUAUAUUGGUAAAUCUCAUAAUUUAUGGCAUCGUGUUACUUUGUCAUUAGAAAAAAUGAUGAUCGAUAAUAAUUUUGAAGUGUCUAAACAAGAUUGUUAUGAAUUUGAACCUGAAAUAUCUCCUCAGAGAGAUGUGAUUGAUACAUUAGCAGAAAUGUAUAAACAACUUAAAGAAGAAGAUAUGUGGGCUGGUUUAUGGCAAAAACAUGCUCAAUAUCGUGAGACCAAAGUUGCUCUUGCAUUAGAACAACAAGGAUUAUUUGAACAGGCAUUAUCUACAUAUGAGGCUUUAAUUGAAAAAUAUCAAAGUGAAUUUUCCAGUUCACCUGCAUCAGUCAUGAUUCUAAGUGAAGCUCGUUUAUGGGAAUCGCAAUGGAUAAGAUGUUCAAAAGAACUCAAUCAGUGGGACAUUUUACUUGAAUACUCAAAACUUAAUGGCCAUCUAAAUCCAUUUUUAAUACUAGAUAGUGCUUGGCGUAUACCCGAUUGGCAUGUUAUGAGUGAAGCAUUAAGUUGUGUUGAUAAUACAUGUCCUAAAGAAUUUUUAUGGAAGAUGUAUUUAUACAGAGGAUUUUUAGCGAUUUGUCAUCCUGAUGAACCAAAUUUACCAUAUGUUACUCGAAAUGUAGAAAUGGCUAGUAUACACGUAAUUAGAGAAUGGAGGAGAUUACCACAUAUUGUUUCACAUAUACAUUUGCCAUAUCUUCAAGCUUCUCAACAGAUAAUGGAAUUGUCAGAGGCUGCUCAGAUUCAUCAAGGUUUGCAAGAAAAAGAUACAAAUAACUCAUUACAUAAUAUGAAAGCUAUCUUAAAAACCUGGAAAAAUCGUUUACCAGUUGUAGCUGAUGACUUAAGUCAUUGGAGUGAUGUAUUCGUAUGGAGACAACAUCAUUAUCAAUUUGUUAUCGAAUAUUGUUCACGGCCUGAACAAUCUACUAAUGCUGUAUUAGGUGUUCAUGCUUCUGCUCAAGCUAUAAUUCACUUUGGAAAAGUUAGUCGUAAACACAAUUUAACUGGAGUUUGUCUUCAAACAUUAUCUCGUUUGUAUACGAUUCCUAAUGUACCUGUGGUUGAUUGUUUUCAUAAAAUUAGGCAACAAGUAAAAUGUUACAUGCAAAUGGCAUCUAUAUCAUCUAAUAAACAUGAAAUACAAGAUUGCUUAGAAGCUAUUGAAAGGACAAAUUUAAAAUUUUUUCAAAGUGAAAUGACUGCUGAGUUUUAUGCAUUAAAGGGAAUGCUACUUGGACAAAUUGGUAAAUCUGAAGAAGCACACAAAGCUUUUUCAGCAGCUGUUCAGUUACAUGAUUCUAUGGUGAAAGCUUGGGCUCUUUGGGGAGAAUAUAUGGAAGAAUACUUUACUAAAAGUUAUCCAAAUCAGACAAUGCAAACCGGUGUUGCUGCAAUAAUAUGUUUCCUUCAAGCUUGCCGUCAACAAAACGAGUCGAAAUACCGAAAAUAUUUAGCGAAAGUUUUGUGGUUAUUAACUUAUGACGAUAAAGAAUAUUCAUUGCUGAGUACUGUUGAUACUCAUUUCAAUGGAGUUCCACCUGCAUUAUGGUUACCUUGGGUACCGCAAUUAUUAACUACAUUGGCAAGCGAUGGUGGUUCUUUAUUACAAAAUUUAUUGAUACAAGUUGGAAGAUUAUAUCCACAAGCCGUGUAUUUUCCUACCAGAACACUAUAUUUCACUCAUAAGAUUGAAUACAGAGAGCGCUGUAAAAAUUCUGAAUUAUUAGCUGCAGCCAAUAAGCAAUCCCAAACUAAUGAUACUACACAAAAUUCUACAUCUACACAAAGUACAGGAUUAACUGAUUCUUCUUUACGUGCAACACCAGCAAUGGUUCGUUUUUCUAAAGUAAUGCAUCAACAACGUGAAGUUCAUCCAACAAUUGUAUUAACUUUAGAAGGCAUAGUGGAUCAGAUGGUUUGGUUCAGAGAAAAUUGGUAUGAAGAAGUAUUGAGACAACUUCGUCUUGGGUUAGCAAAAUGUUAUAACAUUGCUUUUGACAGUCGAGGUUCAGUUGCAGAUGCCCAAAUAACACCUCACACAUUGAAUUUCAUUAAAAAAUUGGUGUCAACCUUUGGAAUUGGAAUAGAAUUGUUAGCAAGUAAUAUGGCUGCUAAUAGUGCCGCUAUAUCAACUAAAGGAUCAUUUCCAGGUUCAGGAUCUGAGAGCUUAGCUAAACGAGCUCAAACAACCAUACAAGAUCCAGUUUUUCAAAAAAUGAAACAACAGUUUUCUAUUGAUUUUGAUUUUACUCUACCUGGAGCAAUGAAAUUGCAUAAUAUGAUUUCAAAAAUGAAAAAAUGGAUAAAAAUAUUAGAAACUAAAAUUAGGCUUUUACCAAAAUCUUUUUUAAUUGAAGAAAAAUGUAGAUUCCUUAGUAAUUUCAGUCUUCAAACUGCUGAAAUUGAAAUUCCAGGAGAAUUUUUACUUCCGAAGCAUUCACAUUACUAUGUAAAAAUUGCUCGUUUUAUGCCAAGAGUUCAAAUAGUGGAAAAACAUAACACAUCAGCCAGAAGAUUAGUUAUGCGUGGUCAUAAUGGUAAAUUGUAUUCUUAUUUGGUAAUGCAUGAUGCUGGUUUAGGUGAUACUAGACGUGAAGAACGAGUUCUACAGCUAUUAAGGAUGUUAAAUCAUUACUUGACAAAGCAAAAAGAAACUUCCCGUAGGUUUUUAUAUUAUACAGUACCCAGAGUUGUUGCUGUAUCCCCUCAACAACGACUCGUAGAAGAUAAUCCUUCAUCUUUAUCAUUGCUUGAUAUUUUCAAGUCAAUGAGUAUAUCUCAACCAUAUGAUGAUUGUAUAGAGCAUUACUACCAACGUUUAGCUAAUAUUCAAAAUCAAGGAACUCAAGCAAAUAUUCAAAUGCUUUUGGAUGUAUUUUUAGAAAUACAAAAAAAUUAUUGUCCUAGUGAUACAUUAAAAAAUUGGGCAACUCUUACAUAUGCUUCACCUACAGAUUAUUGGACAUUUAGAAAAAUGCUAACUCUUCAAUUAUCCUUAUCGUGUUUGGCUGAAUAUGUGUUACAUCUUACUCGACUUAAUCCAGAUAUGAUGUAUAUACAUCAAGAUUCUGGUUUACUGAAUGCUUCAUAUUUUAAAUUUGAUGUUGAUGAUAAAAAAGGUGAAUUAGUUUCCAAUCGUCCAGUUCCUUUUAGACUUACACCCAAUUUUGUUGAAUUAAUGACUGAUAUUGGUAAAACUGGUCCUCUUACUGCUAGUAUAAUGGCUACAGCUCGAUGUUUUAAUCAACCCAAUAAUAAAGUUCAAGCUAUUCUUAGAGCAAUACUAAGAGAUGAAAUGAUCACAUCUUACAAAAAAAAAUUAGAAGAUGAACUUUCGAAUGAUAGAGAUGAAAUAUCUGGUGAUAUUAUCAUCAGUAUGGUUACUAAAGCAGUUAAUUCUAUAAUGCAUAGACUAAAUAGUUUGGCAAAUUUUGAUGGUACUGAUAAUAAAGUAAGCACAAUAGUAAGUGCAGCUUCAUCAGUUGACAAUUUGUGUCGUAUGGAUCCUGCAUGGUACCCAUGGCUAUAAAUGUCUAUGUUACUCAAGUUUCCAAAUAUUAACUGAUCUCUUAGUUUACAUUUAAUAAUAGUAAAAUUAACUUUAAAUUCCUAGUGGAUUAUUCUAUAUUACCUUUUUGUAUUUUAAGUAUUAUGAUUU